UGAACUCGGUUCCCCGAGCGAGAUGCCGAAGGCAAAAUCGGUGACCAGCGGCCGGCGCCGAGAGCGGCUGGAGCAGAAGAGCGCCGGCGGUAAGACACUGCGAGGAGGGACGAACAGAAAAGGGCCGAGGAAGACUGGGAUCAGUGGAUGAAACCCGGUGUCAUGUUUAAUACUGGACUUGGACAGCAUAUUUUGAAAAAUCCUCUCAUUGUUAAUAGCAUCAUUGAUAAGGCUGCCUUAAGACCAACAGAUGUAGUCCUAGAAGUUGGUCCUGGAACUGGAAACAUGACUGUGAAACUAUUAGAAAAAGCUAAAAAGGUUGUUGCCUGUGAACUUGACCCACGGCUAGUAGCUGAACUUCACAAAAGAGUCCAGGGAACGCCCCAGGCAAGCAAACUUCAAGUAAUGGUUGGUGAUGUGUUGAAAACUGACUUGCCAUUCUUUGAUGCAUGUGUGGCAAACUUGCCUUAUCAGAUCUCUUCUCCAUUUGUCUUCAAGCUUUUGCUGCAUAGACCUUUUUUUAGAUGUGCUAUACUUAUGUUCCAGAGAGAAUUUGCUCUCCGUUUGGUUGCAAAACCAGGAGACAAGUUAUACUGCAGACUUUCCAUUAAUACCCAGUUACUAGCACGAGUGGAUCAUCUGAUGAAAGUUGGGAAAAAUAACUUCAGACCUCCACCAAAAGUUGAAUCAAGUGUGGUAAGGAUAGAACCUAAGAACCCACCACCACCUAUCAAUUUCCAGGAAUGGGAUGGUCUAGUGAGGAUAACGUUUGUGAGGAAAAACAAAACUCUCUCUGCUGCAUUUAAGUCGAGUGCAGUCCAACAGCUUUUGGAAAAAAAUUACCGAAUUCACUGUUCAGUCCAUAACAUUGCAAUACCAGAAGAUUUCAGCAUUGCAGAUAAAAUACAGAAAAUCUUAAUGGAUACAGGUUUUAGCGACAAGAGGGCCCGUUCCAUGGACAUAGAUGACUUUAUCAGAUUGCUACAUGGAUUCAAUGCAGAAGGCAUCCAUUUUUCUUAAGCAGACAAAAAAGAAUAUUCCGGUCUUAAUAAGAAGCUAUAAUCUUACUUACUGGACUACUGACAUAUGGAAGAUGAACCUCUACAUUUUUUACAAGAAUAACCAAACACCUUACAGGUUUUAAAACUAAAACCCACUAUCUCAUGAAGUAUUGUUUGUUUUUAAGGUCAAAUUUGUUGUGUAUUUUUAUAAGUGUUCGGAUUUUAUGUAACUUUGGGUAUUGGGUGGCCAAGACAUUGACCCUCCAGAUCACAUACAGUUUUCUCCAAGUUAAUAGCCGCAAUACACGCACAAACUUAACAUGUGAACCAUCUCAAUUCUAUCUGUUCAUCUCCUGAAACUAACAUUUAGGAUAGUAAUGACUCCCGUUUCAACAGGCCUUUUCUUUUGCUUGUAUAUUGGGAUAGAUGAUAAUUUUGUCUUUUCAUUAUUUUUCUCACUAUCCACAGUCUUUAUCUUGACAUUCACUUCCCUCAUUCUCAUGAA